CUGACACCAUUCUAGAAUGAAUCUGUUGUAUUGUCAGGGUACUGCUGUUAGAUCUGUGUUAUUAAACCUGAAGGAAAUCAAGUUAAUCAGUUGAAUGUGACUCUCUGGCUCUUCUUGUUUGCCCCUCCUGUAUGCAGCCCUUCCUGUUUUCCCCUCCUGUAUGUAGCCCUUCCUGUUUGCCCCUCCUGUAUGUAGCCCUUCCUAUUUGCCCCUCCUGUAUGUAGCCCUUCCUGUUUGCCCCUCCUGUAUGUAGCCCUUCCUGUUUUCCCCUCCUGUAUGCAGCCCUUCCUGUUUUCCCCUCCUGUAUGCAGCCCUUCCUGUUUUCCCCUCCUGUAUGCAGCCCUUCCUGUUUUCCCCUCCUGUAUGCAGCCCUUCCUGUUUUCCCCUCCUGUAUGCAGCCCUUCCUGUUUCCCCUCCUGUAUGCAGCCCUUCCUGUUUUCCCCUCCUGUAUGCAGCCCUUCCUGUUUUCCCCUCCUGUAUGCAGCCCUUCCUGUUUUCCCCUCCUGUAUGCAGCUCUUCCUGUUUUCCCCUCCUGUAUGCAGCCCUUCCUGUUUUCCCCUCCUGUAUGCAGCCCUUCCUGUUUUCCCCUCCUGUAUGCAGCCCUUCCUGUUUUCCCCUCCUGUAUGCAGCCCUUCCUGUUUUCCCCUCCUGUAUGCAGCCCUUCCUGUUUUCCCCUCCUGUAUGCAGCCCUUCCUGUUUUCCCCUCCUGUAUGCAGCCCUUCCUGUUUUCCCCUCCUGUAUGCAGCCCUUCCUGUUUUCCCCUCCUGUAUGCAGCCCUUCCUGUUUUCCCCUCCUGUAUGCAGCCCUUCCUGUUUUCCCCUCCUGUAUGCAGCCCUUCCUGUUUUCCCCUCCUGUAUGCAGCCCUUCCUGUUUUCCCCUCCUGUAUGCAGCUCUUCCUGUUUUCCCCUCCUGUAUGCAGCUCUUCCUGUUUUCCCCUCCUGUAUGCAGCCCUUCCUGUUUUCCCCUCCUGUAUGCAGCCCUUCCUGUUUUCCCCUCCUGUAUGCAGCCCUUCCUGUUUUCCCCUCCUGUAUGCAGCCCUUCCUGUUUUCCCCUCCUGUAUGCAGCCCUUCCUGUUUUCCCCUCCUGUAUGCAGCUCUUCCUGUUUUCCCCUCCUGUAUGCAGCCCUUCCUGUUUGCCCCUCCUGUAUGUAGCCCUUCCUGUUUUCCCCUCCUGUAUGCAGCCCUUCCUGUUUUCCCCUCCUGUAUGCGGCCCUUCCUGUUUUCCCCUCCUGUAUGCGGCCCUUCCUGUUUUCCCCUCCUGUAUGCAGCCCUUCCUGUUUUCCCCUCCUGUAUGCAGCCCUUCCUGUUUGCCCCUCCUGUAUGCAGCCCUUCCUGUUUUCCCCUCCUGUAUGCAGCCCUUCCUGUUUGCCCCUCCUGUAUGCAGCCCUUCCUGUUUGCCCCUCCUGUAUGCAGCCCUUCCUGUUUGCCCCUCCUGUAUGCAGCCCUUCCUGUUUGCCCCUCCUGUAUGCAGCCCUUCCUGUUUGCCCCUCCUGUAUGCAGCUCUUCUUGUUUGCCCCUCCUGUAUGCAGCUCUUCUUGUUUGCCCCUCCUGUAUGCAGCCCUUCCUGUUUGCCCCUCCUGUAUGCAGCCCUUCCUGUUUGCCCCUCCUGUAUGCAGCCCUUCCUGUUUGCCCCUCCUGUAUGCAGCCCUUCCUGUUUUCCCCUCCUGUAUGCAGCCCUUCCUGUUUUCCCCUCCUGUAUGCGUGGGGCUACAAUAACUGCCAGGUGGGGCCAGGGUCCACAGCCAACCAGCCCAAUCCCAGGAGUUUGUCCAACUGUCUGCAGAACAAGGUGGCUGUUAGCGUCACCUGAGGUCAAACCUCUGGCUGUGGUUGAGAAUGUUGUGCUGCUGGGCAACAAUGGGAAUCAGCUGACAUCUUGUCGCCUGGUGGGCCUGCAGGGUCUCUGUGUGCAACAGAGCAUUGUGCGUGUCUUCUAUCCGGAGCAUGAUGACUUCCUGAUGGUGGCCCAGUCUCUAAAGGAGAAGUUUGAUAUCCCAGAGACGGCCGACCUCAAGUUCAGCGUGGACGGUGCAAACAUCCACGUACAGGCCAUGCUCCACGUCAGUACCAUUGGAAUGAGGAUUGAUGGAGGUGAUAGAGAUCGACCAGUUCUCCUACCCCGUCUACCGCUCCUUCCUGGAGUUCCUCUACACCUGGGGUCUCCAACCUUUUAAUAGCAUGAGAACUACUUUUUAAAAAUUAAGCAUGUCGCGAGCUAGUCAUUCUUAUUUUUAGCUUUCAAAUAUUCUUCUCCUCUCCUCUCUUCUUCUCCUCUCCUAUGCAACUCUUCCCACGGGACUUUAGUGUCCAAGAAGUAAAUGUUUUCUGUCUAUAUACCUGGUAAAAUAAUGGUUAAUAAACAACUAAAGGGGCCUCUCGAGUGGCGCAGCGGUCUAAGGCACUGCAUUGCUGUGUUGCGGCGUCACUACAGCCUGGGGUUCCAAGCCGCUGUGUCACAACCGCCCAUGACCGGGAGUCCCAUAGGGCGGCACACAAUUGACCCAUCGUCGUCUGGGUCAGGGGAGGGUUUGGCCGGGG